AUGAGGCUCCUUGUGGCCCCCCUCUUACUGGCCUGGGUGGCUGGUGCCACUGCCGCCGUGCCCGUGGUACCCUGGCGCGUGCCCUGCCCCCCUCAGUGUGCCUGCCAGAUCCGGCCCUGGUAUACACCGCGAUCGUCCUACCGGGAGGCCACCACCGUGGACUGCAACGACCUGCUCCUGACAGCCGUGCCCCCCGGGCUGCCCGCGGGCACACAGACCCUGCUCCUUCAGAGCAACGGCAUCGUCCGUGUGGACCGGAGUGAGCUCAACCACCUGGCCAAUCUCACGGAGCUGGACCUGUCCCAGAACAGAUUUUCGGACGCUCGAGACUGUGACUUCCGUGCCCUGCCCCAGCUGCUGAGCCUGCACCUGGAGGAGAACCAGCUGACCCGGCUGGAGGACCACAGCUUUGCAGGGCUGACCAGCCUGCAGGAACUCUAUCUCAACCACAACCGGCUCUACCGCAUCGCCCCCGGGGCCUUCGCUGGCCUCGGCAACCUGCUGCGGCUGCACCUCAACUCCAACCUGCUGCGGGCCAUCGACAGCCGCUGGUUUGAGAUGCUGCCCAACCUAGAGAUCCUCAUGAUCGGUGGCAACAAGGUAGAUGCCAUCCUGGACAUGAACUUCCGGCCUCUGGCCAAUUUGCGCAGCCUGGUGCUAGCAGGCAUGAACCUUCGGGAGAUCUCCGACUACUCCCUGGAGGGCUUGCAAAGCCUGGAGAGCCUCUCCUUCUAUGACAACCAGCUGGCCCGGGUGCCCAGGCGGGCCCUGGAGCAGGUGCCCGGGCUCAAGUUCCUAGACCUGAACAAGAACCCGCUCCAGCGGGUGGGGCCCGGGGACUUUGCCAACAUGCUGCACCUCAAGGAGCUGGGGCUGAACAACAUGGAGGAGCUGGUUUCCAUCGACAAGUUCGCCCUGGUCAACCUCCCCGAGCUGACCAAGCUGGACAUCACCAACAACCCCCGGCUGUCCUUCAUCCACCCCCGCGCCUUCCACCACCUGCCCCAGAUGGAGACCCUCAUGCUCAACAACAAUGCUCUCAGUGCCUUGCACCAGCAGACGGUGGAGUCCCUGCCCAACCUGCAGGAGGUGGGUCUCCACGGCAACCCCAUCCGCUGUGAUUGCGUCAUCCGCUGGGCCAAUGCCACGAGCACCCGUGUCCGCUUCAUCGAGCCACAGUCCACCCUGUGUGCCGAGCCGCCAGACCUCCAGCGCCGCCCAGUCCGCGAGGUACCCUUCCGGGAGAUGACGGACCACUGCCUGCCCCUCAUCUCCCCCCGCAGCUUCCCCCCCAGCCUCCAGGUGGCCAGUGGCGAGAGCCUGGUGCUACACUGCCGGGCCCUGGCCGACCCGGAACCCGAGAUCUACUGGGUCACUCCAGCCGGGGUUCGACUAACGGCUGCCCGUGCUGGCAGGAAGUACCGGGUGUACCCCGAGGGGACCCUCGAGCUGCGGAGGGUGACGGCGGAAGAGGCGGGGCUGUACACCUGUGUGGCCCAGAACCUGGUGGGGGCUGACAGUAAGACGGUCAGUGUGGUGGUUGGCCGGGCUCCCCUGCAGCCAGGCCGGGACAAGGGACGGGGGCUGGAGCUCCGGGUGCAGGAGACCCACCCUUAUCACAUCCUACUGUCUUGGGUCCCCCCACCCAACACAGUCUCUACCAACCUCACCUGGUCCAGCGCCUCUUCCCUCCGGGGCCAGGGCGCCCCUGCUCUGGCCCGCCUGCCGAGGGGCACCCACAGCUACAACAUCACCCGCCUCCUUCAGGCCACGGAGUACUGGGCCUGCCUGCAAGUGGCCUUUGCUGAUGCCCACACCCAGUUGGCAUGCGUAUGGACCAGGACUAAGGAGGCCACUCCUUGCCACAGAGCCUUAGGGGACCGGCCCGGGCUCAUAGCCAUGCUGGCCCUCGCUGUCCUCUUGCUGGCAGCCGGGCUAGCCGCCCACCUUGGCACUGCUCAGCCCAGGCAGGGCGUGGGUGGGCGGCCUCUCCUUCCAGCCUGGGCUUUCUGGGGCUGGAGUGCCCCCGCGGUCCGAGUGGUGUCCGCGCCCCUCAUCCUGGCCUGGAAUCCAGGAAGGAAGCUGUCCAGGUCUUCAGAAGCAGAAACACUGUCCCCACCAUUGCUGCAAAAUUCUCGAAGCUCAGCCUGCUCUCCGCAGUAG